AACUUUGUGCGCGAACAGCCAGACAGGGAGAGUCUCGAGUCGGCCAGGCAAGAUGUCGAUGCCCGCCUUUGUCGUCAACACGGCACCCGAACGACAGAAUGCACGCAAGACGGCGAUCAGCAACGUCGUAGCAAGCAAGACGGUGGCAGAUGUCAUCCGUACCUGUCUCGGUCCGCGCGCGAUGCUCAAGAUGAUCCUCGACCCCAUGGGCGGUAUCACGCUCACCAACGACGGCAAUGUCAUCCUCAGGGAGAUCGAGGUCACUCAUCCUGCUGCAAAGAGUAUGAUCGAGUUGGCGAGAACGCAGGAUGAAGAAUGUGGUGAUGGCACGACCUCUGUCAUAAUACUAGCCGGUGAGAUCAUGGCACAGACUCUGCCGCAAUUGGAGAGGAAUAUCCACCCUGUCGUCAUCAUCUCGGCAUUCAAACGCGCUCUGACCGAGUCUCUGGCGAUACUCGACUCAAUCUGUCAGCCCAUCGACGUCACCAACGAAGACGCCAUGCUCGCACUGAUCAAGACCUCCAUCGGGACAAAGUUUGUCUCUCGCUGGUCGGAUCUCAUGUGCUCGCUCGCUCUGCGCGCAAUCCGUAUCGUCACAAAAGACGAGAAUGGCCAGAAAGAAGUAGAUGUGAAGCGAUACGCUCGUGUGGAGAUGGUCCAAGGCGGUGCAAUAGAAGACUCCACCGUAUUGGACGGUAUCAUGGUCAACAAAGAUGUCACUCACCCCAAGAUGAGGAGAAGGAUCGAAAACCCUCGCAUCAUCCUACUCGACUGUCCCCUCGAGUACAAGAAGGGCGAAUCCCAAACGGCUAUCGAGAUCACCAAGGAGACAGACUGGAACAGAGUCUUGGAGAUUGAGGAAGAACAGAUCAAGCAGAUGUGCGAUAAACUCAUCUCACUCAAACCCGAUCUCGUCUUCACCGAAAAGGGCGUAUCCGAUCUUGCUCAACAUUACCUCCUCAAAGCCAACAUCACCGCCAUCCGACGCCUGCGCAAAUCAGACAACAACAGGAUAGCAAGAGCAGUCGGUGCAACGAUCGUCAACAGGAUAGAAGAUCUUCGUCCUUCAGAUGUCGGAGCAGAAUGCGGUCUCUUCAAUAUCGAAAAGCUGGGCGACGAUUACUUCACUUUCUUGACAAAGUGCAAAUCGCCCAAAGCUUGCACUAUCCUCCUCCGAGGUCCUUCGAAGGAUAUCAUCAAAGAGAUCGAUCGCAACCUUGCAGAUGCAAUGGCAGUCGCACGUAACGUCGUCUUCGAUCCCCGACUUGCUCCAGGAGGUGGCGCGACAGAGAUGGCCAUCUCUGUCGGCCUGGCCAAAGUGGCAAAGACGAUCGAAGGUGUGGAAGCAUGGCCUUUCCGUGGCGUAGCAGAAGCGCUCGAGGUGAUCCCACGAACGCUCGUACAAAAUGCUGGCGGUAACACCAUUCGUACUCUCACCGCUCUCAGGGCUAAGCAUGCUUCGGGCGAGCACUCCUACGGUGUCAACGGAGAGACGGGUAAGGUGGAAGAAAUGAAAGCAUACGGUCUCUACGAGAGCGCAGCAGUCAAAGUACAAACACUCAAGACAGCCAUAGAGGCUGCGUGUUUGCUGCUUCGAGUAGACGCAAUACUCAGUGCGAAACGACCCAAUUCAGAACGCAAUGGUGGCGGACCACAGAUGCAAGGUGGGCCGGAGGAGGGCGGACCCGAAUAGUGCAUAGAAGCAGUGACAAUGUAGCGACAACAACAAAACCGUAUGCAAACGUGACUGUUACUCUACAUUGAGCCUGAGUGCUGUCGGCCUCGUGACGAAAGGACUCAUGCUCGGAAGAGGCAAGUAGGGUACUGCGGCAUCUUCCGCAGCGACGUGAAUAGGUUGGGGAGCAGGAGGAAUGACCUGCAGCGGUCGAGCACCACUUGCACGUUCUUGCGCUCUCGCUUUGAACGCCUUUCGAAUCGCAUAUGCGCGUUCGAUGAGCGCAGGCGCUUCGACGCCGUCUUGAAUGCUCUGGAUGAUCUUUUGCACGAUAUCCUUGAAAUUGCCUUGACGCUUGUCAUCCCUGAAUCGGAGUAUCUUCCAGUUCUGUUCGGCGCUAUUCCAGACACACUCGACCACUCUUCCAUCGUACUGCUCUCCUGUUGAUUUCAUCCU